AUAGCUCCAAGUUCGAAAUUUGCAACAUAUGUUCCUGAACACUAAUCGCCCAUUUGACAUUCUAAAUCGAAGUGGAUUCGAUAAACAAUAUGAAGAGUAUAAACAAGGAAUGUAUCUUACUCAGUGUGUGAUGAGUAUAUUCCAAGAGAAAUGUGAACUUCAGUCGAAUUAUUCACGAGCUCUAUCAGGAUUAAGUGGUCGUUUACGUGAUGCUCUGGCAAAAACAACGGGUGGCACAGUUCAUACAGCUUGGUUACGAAUAGCUAAUGCUUUAGAAAUCGAAUCAAAAUUACAUGAAAAAAUUGUUGAAAAUUUAUUAAAUGAUUUAAUUAAACCAUUGAAUAAUUUAAUUGAAGCAUUUAAAAGAAACAAAAAGUCACUAAAAAAAUGUGUCGACAAAGAAACAAAUAAUUUAUUCUCUUCGUACGAAAUGGAAUUCCAUGCCAGACAUAAAUUAUUUACAUGUUUUCGUAAUUAUGAACGUGUGUGUUACAACUAUCAUAUACAAUCAAGGGAUCAACAAAAACAAUUAAGUCAAACUGUUCAAUCAAAUAAUGAUAUACAGAAAAAGCGUAGUUUAAGCAUGAAUCGAUUUGAUACAUCUAGUCUAUCAACUAUGGACUCUACAAAUAAUAGUUUAUUAUCCGAACAUUAUUUAUCAAUUCGACGAAAUUCUAUUGAUGUUGACACUAAAAUAAAAACAACAACUCUUGAAUCAUAUGACACAACAACAUCAAAUCUACUCUUUUUUAAAGAUACUGAUAGUUCUACAAGUCCAUGUUUUGUUUCACGAUCCAGUACUUUGUAUACUUCUUUACCUCAUAAGAAAAAUCCAAAUAUUAUUCGAUAUCAUAGCAGCUUGUCGUCGAGAAAUGGAAGAAAAUUUUUAACAAUGGAUAAGUUGAAAGACGCCUAUAAUACCACUCUAACUCACUAUUAUCGAACAUGUUUGUCAGCUGAAGAAGCUAGAAUUGAUUGGCAUUCAAGAAUUUUGAAAUGUCUUAAUCAUCAACAAAUAUUAGAAAAUGAUCGUUUAAAUAGUUUAACUAAUGGUUUAACAGUUUAUCGUAAUACUUUAGAUGAUACUUUACCAACAUGGAAAGCUGUUAUAAAUGAAGUAGCUAAUGCUAUCAGUUUAGCUGAUCCAUUAUUAGAUUUACAAAAUUUUCGACAACGUUCUCAUCAUCAAGAAGAUUUGUCUCAAAUAUCACCACAACAAUCAACAAAUUCAGUGAAUAAACAAAUUGAUAGUUCUAUAAAAUCAAAGAAUGUUGGUUGUUCACUUCAACGUCUUAUCGAUUUACCAUGCGAAAAUGUAUUACUACAACAAAAUCAACUCCGUCAGAGUCCAUCUAAUCCAUCCUCGAAAUCACAGGCGUUCAAUAUUAUAUGUAGAAAAAAAUCUCAAACAUCUGUCGACAGAAGCAAAGAAAAUACUCACAUAAAAUUCAUCAGUUCAUCGUCAUCAUCACCAGUUAGCUUACGUUUAAUAAUUCAGCACUGUUUAACUAAAUCGUCAAUAUUAACAUUACUUGAUAUGUUAACUAAAGAUAUUGAAAAAGAACGUCGUACAAAAAGAGGUUUAUCGAAUUUAGUCCAAGUCUAUGCUCAUCAACCAGCUUAUACUGAUAUAGAUACACUUAUGGAAUCACGUCAUCGUUUAUAUUUCUCACGUGUACGUCUCACUUAUCUUUUGUUAUGUCGUCAAAAAUUAACGCAUAGUUUAAAACAAAUUCAUUCAAGUUCAUUUGAAAAUAUAGAAACAGACAAAAGAAUCUUCAACUCAUUAUCAUCAUCAUCAUCUUCACCAUUGUCAUCGGAAAACCUAGAAUUAUCUUCAAUUUUAGUACAGGCUGGAUUUUCCAAAAUGAUUCUUACUUCACGUAUAUGUUCUGAUCUAAAUAACACUAAAACUAUCAAUAAUAACAAUAAUAAUGAUAAGAAAUCUUAUUUGAUCACAUCACGUUGGAUACGUUUACCUGAUUUGGAUAGAUUAACUAAUUAUGAGUUAAAUUUAAUGGAAUGGCCUCCAUUUCCUGUAGAAGAUAUAGCACAUGAAAAUGUGAAUGAUAAUAUAUUUCAAUUGGAUAUUGAAAAGAUUCGUGAACAACUUAAAUCACAAUCGUCUUGGAUAUUAGACUGUAUGAAUAAUAGCAAUGGUAACUAUGAUAUCGAUAAUGCAAACACGUUGAGUCAUGCACAUUUUACUGUUACAUCCAAUAACAAUAGUAUAACUGAUAAAUAUCAACAUAUACCUCAUGAAAUAAUGCAUAAUCAGUUUAAAUCUCCAAUUAAACGAAGUGUUACCUGUUCAGAAAAGUCAGUUUCAUUCAUAUCAACCAACAAUAUACUCAAUAGUAACAUAAUUGAAAAAUCUAAUCAAUCAUUAAAGAAACCUUUUCAUGGUAAUAGUAUUGAUAUUAGUAAUAAUGAUAAAUCAUUAGAAAGGAAUAAUCGAUUCUCUGUAAUCAAGCAAUCUUCCAACAUAGAAGUUUCUAGAAAGCGAUCACCUGAAACAUGCAAAAUUCAAUCUGAACAAACUGAUAUGGUUACUAUGAAUAAUAAUUUAGGUAUCAUUAAAAAUAAUACUAACAGUAUUUCCAGACAUUCAAUACUUGAUCAUUCAAUAAAUUCUCAUAAACCAAUUGUACCAUUAGCAACUGAUGAAAUUGAUACUGAAGAUUCUAUAGACAAACAUUGUUCAUCAAUAUCGUCAGUUCUUUAUUCAUCAUCUAUUUCACCGGAAAAUACUGAAAAUUCUAAAGAAAUUUUAACAACUAAUUCAUUUUGGUCUCGUCUCAGCCAUGGAUUACGUGGAUCAUCUAACAACAAACAACAAUCUAAUCAUAACAAAUCUGAACAUAAUAUCAAAUCUCACCGCAACACUAAUAAUUCGUCAUCUAGAAAAGUGAUUGUCAAAUCUGAAAUAUCAGAACCAUCAUGUUUACGCAUUGUAAACAUUCCAAAUAGUUCAUCCUCUCUUGAUUCAGGUAAUACUGGUUCCAUAGAUAGUGGACCUAGUUCUUCAUGUAAAUCAGUUCAUUUUAACACUGAUUCAAUUGUGACCAAUAACUAUAAUUUGGAGAAAAACAGUUCAGAUUUGAAUCUAGAAGUUGGAUCUUCUUCCAAUUUGCAUUGUUUAGGUUGGGCCAAAGUUCAACGAAACUAUCUACCUCGCAAUUCUACUGAAAUUCAUUUACAAGAAGGUGAUAUUAUUAGUAUUUAUCGUAAAGUUAACUCGGAUUGGUGGUAUGGUGAAGUGAAUAAUAAAAAAGGUUUAUUUCCAGUAAAUCAUAUUGAAGAAUUUUAAAGUUUCAAUUAAUAAAUAACAUUAAACAAUUAUUGUAUUCCUUAUAAUUAUUUGAGUGAAUUCAAAGUACCCUACACAUGUUAUCUUCUCUCCUGUUUUGUUCAACAUUACUUACUUACACCUGUUACUCCUCGUGGAGGAGGAUAGACUGCUCACCAGCACUUACCAUUUAACUCUGGUCCAUCCUUUCCAGUUGUUAUUCAUCCCUUUCAUUUCUGCUUAUAUUUCUUGACGUAAUAUGUUCUUUGACCUUCCUCUAUUCCGCUUCCUUUUAGGGUUCUAUGUUAGGGCUUGCCUCGUGAUGCAGUUUAGUGACUUUCGUAAUGUAUGUCCUAUCCAUUUCCAUCGUCUUUUCUUAAUUUCCUGUUCAGCUGGAAGUUGGUUUGUUCUCUCCCAUAAAAGGCUGUUGCUGAUGGUAUCCGGCCAAUGGAUGUUGAGUAUCUUGCGUAGACAGCUAUUUAUAAGUACUUGUACUUUUUUGAUGAUGGUUGUAGUAGUUCUGGAUGUUUCAGCUCCGUACAGUAGAACUGUCCCGACGGUCGUAUUGAAGAUUCUGAUUUUGUUUGUUCAGCAUACCUGAUAUAUAUAUAUAUAUAUAUAUAUAUAUAUAUAUAUAUAUUAAUUUACAUGAAGCCAAUAACAACAUAUCACUUAUCAAAAUGAUGAAAUAGUUAUCAAUGUUUAUGUAUAUAUAUGUUUAAAAUGAAGAUCAAUAAAUUGAUCUACCUGUUGACCUCUUGUACCAUGACCUGUUGAUGAUUACUCCGAUUUGGAUGAAUAUACAAAUAUGCUAUACACAUAUAUCUCCCAUUAUCUAGUCUAACCGUAUGUAUAUGACAACAGUAACAAGAGGAAGGCAUAUGCGGGUUGUGUUGGAUAAAUUUAUUUUAAGCAUUUGUUUAUUCAGAUAAACAUAAAUUAUAAGAAAAAGGAAAGCAAAGCGGAGAAACUGAACAAGUCAAGUUGAUUGAAUUCAAGCAUAACUCAAUAUUUAUUAGUCAGAUAAGCACUACAUACAUACAAAUACAUUCAUAUAAAAAUAGUCAAAGGUUAACAAGUGAAUAAUUAACAAAGUUAAAAUAUAACUUGAAAUCAAUGAAUAAAUCAAUCUGUUCUGAAGUCAGAAUACCCCAUAUGAAGCUGACAAACUUAGCAGUUUAACUAUGGAAUUCAUGAUGUGAUAUACAUUAUCAUAUUUGCUACUAUGUUGUACUCUAUAUAUAUAUAUAUAUAUAUAUAUAUAUAUAUAUAUAUAUAUAUAUAUAUAUAUAUAUAUAUAUAUAUAUAUAUUAUAUAUUAUUAUGCUAUGAAUUCUAUAUUAAACAUAAAAGGAAAAAUAAUGUUCACUCACUCAAUGUUGAAUAUUGUAUUGAACAAUGAAAAGUAGAUACACUACUAACUCACUAACACUUAUCCUAUGCCCCCCCCAUUGUACUAAACGUUUGAUAUUGAAUAAAGUGAGUAAUACUAUUGUCAUUAUUACUAUUAUUAUUAUUAUUCCUGAUUUGUAUUAUACUCUUAAAUUAUUAUACAUAUCAUUACAGAAAGUAAGUCAAUGAAGUAAACUUUCAAUUUAUUUAACUUUAUAUUUAAAUAUCUUAGAAAUAUAUAGAUCUAAAUGCUCAUUUUCUGUGUAUAGAUUAUAUUAUAAUGUAUAAAUAAGAUGAAUAUCAUCAGCACCAUUACUACCACAACCACCACCACCAUCUCCACUAGUCACACACACACACACUCUCUCUCCCUCUCCAUCUAUAAUUCUCUUUAUACACAGAAACAAUUAAUAGACGAUAACAUUUAUGAGUAUAAUUCAUGUUGUAUUCUAUAUUUAAAUAGUAAUUUUCAUUUGUUUUGUUUUUAUUUUCAAUGUUAUUUAUCCCAACUUUGUUUUCUCUUUUUUUUCUUUUAUUUCAUUUCGAUUUUUUUUCUUUGUUUUUUUUUGUAGUCCCAUUGAUAUUUUCUUUCUUCUUUUUUUUGUUGAAAAUAAACAAACUUAUUUUUGACAGGGUUCUCUACUAGACCUUGUCUUUUUGAUGAUAAAUAUGUCUCUGUGUUUAUUCAUUGUUGAAUAGUUUGGUUUUUUCGUUGGUUGUUUUUUUAAUAUUUUUUUUGGUAGUUAUUGGGUUUACCGAGAGAGAGAGGGGGGGAGGAAGGGGUAGGAGAUUUCUAUUUCAUUUUAAUGAUUUUAUUCUAGUUUUAUGUUAUGGAUUUAUUGUAAUCUCUUGUUUUAUUAUAAUCAUUAUGAAUAAUAAUAAUAAGUUUUCUUAUUGAACAGUUAAAUCGAUUACUUAAGUUUUUCUAAUAAACCUCAGAUUAAAUCUACAGAUUAACUUGAAUACGAGAGAAAAUAGUCGAAGUGUGAAAAGAAUGCUCUACUCAAAGGUUAGUUUAUGUACAGAGAAUUAAAGAUAAUAAUAGUAUUCCAGAUGGUUUUACAUUUCUGGAACCAUACUAAACAUCGUAGUAGAAUAGGUAGACGUACACGACUGUUCACUUCCUAGAUGUUCCUGAGGAACUUCUAUCGAAUACUGAUUGGACAAGAUGUUUCUCAAUGUUUUCAAGGUUCCUCUGGAUUUUUUAUAGGAAUGGUUUAGAUGUCUCCGUCACCUUUUUUUUUCAACGAUAGCUGCCUAUAUUAGUGCAGACCAAAUCCUAUCGGCCAAGUUGCAAUGUGGCCACCAGUCUAGGUGACUCGACAUUGCGUGCACUAUGUUGAGAUAAUAUAUUGGUUGUGGGUGGUAACGUCUCUGACUGUAAAGCUAGGUGACAUGGAAUGGAAUCCGUCAGGAAGCAUCCGUUCUUUCAAGAUUACAAGUACACCUUGUUAACGACUGCCAAGUAGCAUUCUUAAUGUUACUCAAAACCAGAUUAUGCAUUAAAUCAAUAGAUCACAAUAAUUGUACAUGUUAUACACUCGAUUAAAUUAACUGAUUAAGAACUACAAAUAAACCUGGCAGGUAGUUCACUAGCACACAACAGAAAUCAAUCAUUAUAUGGAAUCGAUUAAUAGAAAAGGUGUUACCAAAUCCAUGAAAUUCUAUUUUUCCCUAUAUGGCAAACAGUGAAUAUACUAUGUAAAAGAAGGGAACUCUUACUGUCAAGUUAACUGCUCUUAUAGAUUUAGUUCCAUUAAUGAAUAAUAUUGGACUAAUCAGAAAUAAAAACUUUUCUUCUGGUACAAUACCCUAAAACUUCAAGAUAUAUUUUAGUAAAUCUUUUAGAAACAUUAGAUUUAAACUGGUAAAGAUAUGUAGUGAGCCAAUUACCUCUUCAAAUC